AUGUACCUAUUACAUAAACUGAAUUAUGGAAAUUUAGAUGAGUUUCCUGUUGAUUAGAUGAUUGAAGAUAAAAUUUUAUUACAGAAAAUAAUUUAAGCUUAAAAAAAAUUAUAAUAUUCGAUUGAUAAAUUAUCAAAAUAUUAAGAAAAUCAAAUUAAUGAAGAAGAAUAAGUAAUGGAUUAAGUUGAGAAAUUAACAUUAAAACCCAGAAUAGAGAAUCUUCAUAAAGAUGAAACAAAUGAUAAAAGUAGUAAUCCAAAUUAAAAAUAUGUACCACCUAAGCUUGCAGCAACUCUUUCAAAAAGUGAUUUAAAUAAAUAGAAAUAAGAAAGAAGAGAAGAACAAAAAAAAAUAUAAUAAAAAGCUAAAUUGAUAAAAAGUAUAUUGGAUGACUAAGAGGUAUAUUAAUAUGAAAUAUAUUAAAUUUAGACAGAUAAACCAAAAGAAAUGACCGAAAGAGAUUUAUAAUAAUUAUAUUAUGGAAGAGCUGAAGAUGAAAAAUAAAUAGAAAAAAGAAGAUAUGAAGAAGAUCAUAUGACAAGAUUACCUACAACUAGGGAUGAGAAGAGAAGAGAAAGAAUAGCUGAGAGAAAGGCUAAUGUUACAAGAUUAGAUGAUUUUUAAGAAUUUGAAACAAUUAAUAAAGUUUUGAAUAAAGGAAUAAAAAAGAUAAAGAAACCUUAGGUCUCUAGACUAAAGGGAAGUAUGAAAAAAAUAAUAAAAAGAAAAAGAAGAUGA